AUGGCCUCGGACAUCCUGCCACCAUCAUACUGCGAGCCACCAAGCUACCUCGCAACCUUGUGCGGCCCCACCGCCCGCUACGCCUGCAUGUCCCUCUCCGGCACCGACAAGCUGCGUCUCAUCGGCUUUCCAGAAGAGGACGCAACAGCCGUCGUCGAGGUCGUCGACGCUGCCAUCACUGCCAGCUGGGGGGUUCAAGCGCGGACGUGCCCAAAGAAGCGGGUCUUUGAGUGGAAGCUCAAGGGAAGGCCAUGGGCCGGCGACGGGUGGAACGACGAAGCAACACCUCUUCGCCUUCUGAUCGGCUCCAUUCGCGGACUGGCCGCUACCGGCUGGCACGCUCACGCCGCCGCCGACGUUGCGUACCGUCUGUCGUGUGGCCGCGACACCCUCUUCCUCCGUCAAGGUCCACCCGUCCAGCGUGCAGUCUUCGCCAUCACGUUCCGCAAACCCAGCAUCCUCAUGCUCGUCGACGCCCCACACGUUGUCCAGAACGUCUUCAUCACUAGGCUCAAGGCUUGGUAUGACGGCGUCCACGGAUGGGAGGUCGAAAACGGCGCACUCAAGGUCCACCUCAAGGGCCAGCUCUGGCCGGGCUUCACCGAGGCCCAGACGUUUGCUGUCCGCGAACUGCUGUGCGGUAUUCUCGGCACGCUUGACGAGCUCGGUUACGAGCUCGUCGCCAGCAUGGACUUUACCGCUGUACCCGCAUGGAACAGGCUCGGCGCCGCGCAACCAGGCAGGAGUCGAGGCAGCACCAACAUCGACUCGUGGUUCUUCGCUAGCAAGGGGCCAAGCAUUCCAAGUGACGCGAACCCCAGCCGAGAUCAAUGA